GUGGGGGGUGGACAAGGGGUCCCUCAAUCCAACUGGCCCAUGGCACCCAAGCCUGAGGCCGGAGAGAGGACCCCAACGUAGGGGACGCAGGCGGCCCUCGCUUCCUCUGCCUGCCGCCCUCCCUCCAGCUUUGGCCGUCCCGGCCGAUACGCGUGCACCCGCUCGGCCAGGCUGGGUGCGCGCCCGGACAGUCCUGCGCAUGCGCGGCGUCCCGGGUGCAGGAGCUCUUGGAGCAGACGAUCCUUUACCAGUCCCUCCCAGUGAUGGGGGCAGGCUGUUAGUUUCUCCAGCAGCUGUGGAGCGACCAGGGUGGCCCAUGGAUGUCCCAGAGGGCCGGGCGGGUGGCCCCGCUGCAAAAAUGUAUCUCUGGGACCAGCUGGAGGAGGGGAGCCUGGGGACGCUGCUGAGCUUAGAGGAGCAAAUACUCAACUCGACGUUCGAAGCUUGUGACCCCCAGAGGACAGGUAUCGUGACUGUGACCCACGUACUAGCCUACCUGGAGGCUGUGACAGGACGGGGCUCCCAGGAUGCACGCCUCCAAACACUGGCCUGCAACCUGGACCCCAAUGGAGAGGGCCCUCAGGCCACUGUGGACUUGGACACCUUCCUGGUUGUCAUGCGGGAUUGGAUUGCUGCCUGUCAGUUGGAUGGGGGAUUAGAGCUGGAAGAGGAGACAGCCUUCGAGGGGGCCCUGACCUCCGAGCAACCGCCAUCUGGAUGCCCAGAAGCUGAGGAGCCAGCCAACCUGGAGAGCUUCGGAGGCGAAGACCCCAGACCUGAGCUAAGAACCUCAUGUCCCCACCACCCCCACCCCAACCUGGGAAAGGAGGUCGGAGCUGUGGCCAGUGACCUGCCCCUCCCUGACCCCAGGCCCGCCACAGCUGACCUGCUGAGCAGCCUGGAGGACCUGGAGCUCAGCAACCGCAGGCUGGCCGGGGAGAACGCCAAGCUCCAGCGCAGCGUGGAGACAGCGGAGGAGGGAUCUGCGCGCCUCGGGGAGGAGAUUGCAGCCCUGCGCAAGCAGCUUCGCAGGUCUCUGUUACUUCCAGCUCUGAGUGGAUCUAUCUCUAUGGUCUCUGUUUCCCUCCUGCGUGGCCCAUCUGCCCCGCCCCCACUCAGUACCCAGCAGGCUCUGCAGUGUGCCAAGGCUGUGGAUGAGGAGCUGGAGGAUCUGAAGACUCUGGCCAAGAGCCUGGAGGAGCAGAAUCACAGCCUCCUGGCCCAGGCCCGACAGACGGAAAAGGAACAGCAGCAUCUGGUGGCCGAGAUGGAGACUCUGCAGGAGGAGAACGGGAAACUACUGGCUGAGCGGGACGGAGUGAAGAGGAGAAGUGAGGAGCUGGCCACAGAAAAGGACGCUUUGAAGGUGGAACCUCUUCCUCCUGCCAUUUUUACCAGUUUCAGCCACUCUGGCCUACGGCAGCUCUUUGAGUGUGAACGCCUCAUUUGCCAACGAGAUGCUGUCCUCUCCGAGCGUACUCAACAUGCAGAGAGUCUGGCCAAGACCUUGGAGGAGUACAGAACGAUGACCCAGGAACUGAGGCUGGAAAUCUCACACCUGGAGGAGCAGCUGAGUCAGAUCCAUGAGGGGCCGGAUGAGCUACCGGAAGGGGCCCAGGUGAGAAGAGCGGGCUGGACCCAGGUGCUGCCCCCAUCACUGGGCGUGGAGAUCCAGGCCAUUCGGCAGAAACAAGAAGUGGCAGACUCCGCUCUCUCCAGCCCUCUCUGUGGAGUGUGGCAGUGGGAGGAGGUCAUCAUCGAGACUGAGACAGACGAGGAAGCUGAGUUUCCACCUGAAGCCCCAGCUGGGGCAGAGAGAAACUUCCAGGGAGAGCCAGCGCACCCUCAAGGAGGAAGGAAGGAGCAAUCGAUGUGGUUACCCAGAAGACAGGAAGAGGAGGAAGCAGAGACCCAGGUCAGGACCAAUCUCCCCAUCCCUCUGGGAGACCCUCACCCUGGAGACAUUCCAGGAAGCCUUCCUGAGAGCAGCCCUGCCAAGCCAGAUCUGCAGCGAGCCCUGGUGCCUGUGGUGAAAGAGCUGGUCCCAGUCAGCAGGCCGGACUGGGGCCAGCUCUGCCUGGCCCCCCUGCACCCCCAGCCGCUCAGGGUCACCCGGCACCCGCUGAUCCCCGCUCCAGUCCUGGGGCUGCUGCUGCUGCUGCUUCUCUCUGUCUUGCUGCUGGGCCAGUCCCCACCUCCGACCUGGCCCCACCUUCAGCUCUGCUACCUUCAGCCGCCCCCAGUGUGAGACACCCUGAGUAAGGUCUAGUCAAUGAACGCCCCGGGACUCUUUCUACUGUUAUUACCAUUGUUGUGCCAUCGUUACCUGGGAGCACCCCAGUUCGGGGACCCCAGAUACAGUACUCCAGGAGCCGCACCCCCAUACUGGGUUUUUAGGUGAUGUCUUUUGUUUUGGUUUGGUUUUUUGAUAUUGGUGACUACAUUUCUUAAUAGCAAACAUAUCCAAUAAUGGACUAAAUACUAGGUGGGUAUUUUUCUCAUGAAACAAGUCUGGAGAAGGACAGCUGUGGGCCCACAGCUCAGAGUCUCCACAGCUUGGGGGCCAGGAGGGCUGUGAUUCUCUAUGAUUCUCUUGGCCCUUCCCUUUUGCUCAGGAGAUGGCAGGCAUAGCUUCACACGUCGCACCUGCAGGAAGGGUGCACCUUUUUUAAAGAAAAAGCGGUAGCCUUCUCAGGGCCAGCAGCAGACCUGUGUUUAUGUCUCACUGGCCAAAAUCUCUUGUUGUGACCACUCUUAGCUGCAAGAGAGGCUCAGAGACCGAGCACCCUCCUGGCAGACAGAGGGAGAAAGAGAUGUGGGCCGGGCUCACCCCACAGAUGUCCUGUGUGGUGCAAACAGCCCGUGGGAAAUGGACCAGUGUGCCAUUUGUUCACUCAUCACUUCCUGCUCAUUUGUUUGCCACAAUUAGACCUUCGAAGAUAAAGCUGUAGAAAAACAGGCCCUCCAAUGCCAGGCUGGGGAGUGUUGGUUUGCUCCUAAGGAUGAUGGGAGCACUGGGAGAUUUUAUUGCUUGUUUUUGGUUACUUAUGUUUUAACUGAGAUGUAAGUUAUGUACACAUAAAUGGAUGUGCUCUCUUCGGCAGCACGUAUACUAAAGUUGGAACCAUACAGAUAAAUGGACAAAAUCUUAAA